UAUCCCGGCUAUACUUUUUUUGUUUCCUCCGGCGAUGUUUAAAAUCUGUAAUCUUUGUUGCCCGACUCAACUACGUCAUAUUUCAAAGCGACAACCGUCACACACCUUUUUCAGUUUGGAAACGGUGCUACCUAUUUUGGUUAGCCGGAACUUUGACGACGUCUUGAAAGCUUUCGAUAUUGAUAUGUGUGCAAUAAACCCAUUUACAGCUGGACAUCUUGACUACACCGAUGUCAGCGUGGCGUCCACCGACUUGGCAGAUGUGGCGUUCGAUGAGCUCAAAGUCCCGGCGACGGAGAACUUCGAUGGGAAUACGUGCGACGUCAGCGACGAAGUUAGCUCAGUCUUCAACGGGGGGCGUGAGCGGCGCGAGCGGCGGAAACAGCGCCGUUACCGCACCACCUUCACCGGAUACCAGUUGGAAGAGCUGGAAAAAGCCUUCCACCAAAGCCGCUACCCUGACGUUUUCUCCAGAGAGGAGCUGGCAAGCAAGAUACAGCUCACGGAAGCCAGGGUUCAGGUGUGGUUCCAGAAUCGGAGAGCCAAGCACCGCAAGCAGGAACGCCACGACGCCAAGCGACUCUCAAGUCUCCUGGCCGAAGCCAAUUUUCUCGGGGAAGGCAGCGCUGACGCCGGGUCCCUGGAGGCAAUAGGAAGUCUUGGGAUGGACGUGCUCAAGGGAUUCCUAAACAGCUACACGGGCGAAACCUACGCGGAUUCGAGCGAAGGCCCACCCGUGGAGCUUCCGAACGAUGCUUCAAGCUUGGCUUCCUCCGCCUUUCGGACACACGCGUCUGACCAGGCCUCCGUCACUCUGACCCCGGCAGCGGGAAUGCCCACUGCGCCGCCGGAGCCCAGGCCAGAAGCCGCCGACCUGCUUCAGAUGGCCCUCGACUCAGCGGUUCAAGAACUGACGCCGCCAUCUUCCGUCGUCUGCAGCAAUGAGCGAGAAUCCGGCCUCUCGGAUUCCGUACAAAGCAUGCUUGUUGAGAUGUGUUUUCCGGAUGUCCACGAGAGCGACCUCUAGCGCUAGGUGUCGGGGUAGGUUUAACUUAUAUAGUGACUGACCGAGUGAAAGAAUAAACCGUGUCCUUUGGAACUGA